AUGGCCGGGAGAGGCGGUGGCACCGACACCUCCCCGCUACCGGGGCCGGGGGUGGGAGCAGAGCGGCGGCGGCGGCAGCAGCCCCAGCCCCAGGAUGCGCUGCCCGGCGCCGGUGCCCUGCGGGGGGCAGAGCUCGGGCAGCGGGCGGCGGGGAUGGAGGCGGCCCUGCGGCGCUGCUGCUGCUGCUGGCGGCGGCGGCUGGGCGGGCGGCGGUGCGCGCUGGCGGCCGGGCUGCUGGGAGCCGCCGCCGCCGCGCUCGCCCUCUACUCGGCGCUGCCCGAGCCGGCCCGGGCGGAGGGCGAGGUGGUGACCGUGCUGCUGUGGUGGGAGCCCUUCGGCCGCCCGCGGCGCCUGCCCGACUGCCGGCGGCGCUACAACAUCAGCGGCUGCCGCCUCAGCGCCGACCGCAGCCGGUUCGGCGAGGCGCAGGCGGUGCUGUUCCACCACCGCGACCUGGCGCGGCACGGCGCCGAGGGGCUGCCCCGAGGGUCCCCGCCGCGGCCCCCGCGCCAGCGCUGGGUGUGGAUGAACUUCGAGUCGCCGUCUCACUCGCCCGGGCUGCGGGGGCUCGCCGGGGUCUUCAACUGGACCAUGUCCUACCGCCGCGACUCCGACGUGUUCGUGCCCUACGGGUACCUCUACGUCCCGCCGGCGCCCCGAGCCUUCAUCCUGCCCCGCAAGACGCGGCUGGUGGCCUGGGUCAUCAGCAACUGGAACGAGGAGCACGCCCGGGUGCGCUACUACCGCCAGCUGAAGGAGCACCUGCCCAUCGACGUGUACGGGGCGCGGGGGCUGGCGCUGGCCGAAGGCGGCCUGGUGGAGACCGUCUCAGCCUACAAGUUCUACCUGGCCUUCGAGAACUCCCAGCACACCGACUACAUCACCGAGAAGCUCUGGAGAAACGCUUUCUCCGCCAGCGCCGUGCCCGUCGUCCUGGGACCCCGCAGGGCCAACUAUGAGCGCUUCAUUCCCCCCGAUUCCUUCAUCCACGUGGACGACUUCCCCAGCCCCCGGCUGCUGGCCACCUACCUGAAAUUCCUCGAUAAAAACAAACCCAACUACAGGCGGUACUUUGCCUGGAGGAAGAAGUACGAAGUCCACGUCACCUCGUUCUGGGAUGAGCAUUUCUGCAAGGUCUGCGAGGCUGUUAGGACAGCUGGGAAUCAAAUCAAGACUGUUCAGAAUCUGGCCAGCUGGUUUGAAAGCUGA